GGAGCCGGGGGCAGCCGGCAGGGCGGACCGCCCGGGGCCCAGAGGAUGUACAAGCAGUCCAUGGCCCAGCGAGCCCGCACCAUGGCUCUCUACAAUCCCAUCCCGGUCCGGCAGAACUGCCUGACUCUCAACCGGUCCCUCUUCCUCUUCAGCGAGGAUAACGUGGUGAGGAAAUACGCCAAAAAGAUCACCGAAUGGCCUCCUUUUGAAUACAUGAUUUUAGCGACGAUCAUCGCAAACUGCAUCGUUCUGGCUCUGGAGCAGCACCUGCCUGACGAAGACAAGACUCCGAUGUCGGAACGACUGGAUGACACAGAACCAUAUUUCAUUGGAAUCUUUUGUUUCGAGGCUGGAAUUAAAAUAAUCGCCUUAGGGUUUGCUUUCCACAAAGGCUCCUAUCUGAGGAAUGGCUGGAACGUGAUGGACUUCGUGGUGGUUCUUACAGGCAUCUUGGCGAAGGUCGGCUCUGACUUCGACCUGCGAACGCUGCGGGCAGUGCGUGUGCUCCGGCCGCUGAAGCUGGUGUCGGGGAUCCCAAGUUUACAAGUGGUUCUGAAGUCCAUCAUGAAGGCAAUGAUACCUCUGCUACAAAUUGGCCUGCUCUUGUUUUUUGCAAUCCUUAUUUUUGCAAUCAUAGGAUUAGAAUUUUAUAUGGGGAAAUUUCACACCACCUGCUUUGACGUGCUGACAG